UUGAGUUCCCAGUGUUGUCUCCCGGGUGAGGUGUCCGACCACCCUACGGGAGAGUCGGUCUUUACUGCAUCCCCAAGGCUGCGUUUGAGAUGUCUGGAAUCCGAGGUGAAGGGAACGCCAUGCCUGGUGGAGAUCAGGAACCAGGGCGCUACUACGUGGGCGUGGAUGUUGGGACAGGCAGCGUCCGUGCGGCUCUGGUGGACCAGAGGGGCAUCCUUUUGGCCUUUGCAGACCAGCCCAUUAACAAGUGGGAGCCUCAGUUCAACCACCAUGAACAGUCCUCCGAGGACAUCUGGGCCGCGUGCUGUGUUGUCACAAAGAAAGUUGUGCAAGGGAUCGAUUCAAACCAAAUCCGAGGGCUUGGGUUUGAUGCCACCUGUUCUCUGGUUGUUUUGGAUGAGCAGUUUCGUCCUAUACCAGUAAACCAUGAAGGGGAUUCCCAUCGAAACAUCAUCAUGUGGCUGGACCACCGAGCAGUCAGUCAGGUGCACAGGAUCAACCAAACUCAGCACAGCGUCCUACAGUAUGUCGGGGGUGUGAUGUCUGUGGAAAUGCAGGCCCCAAAGCUUCUGUGGCUAAAAGAGAACUUGAGAGAGACUUGCUGGGAUAAGGCGGGACAUUUCUUUGAUCUCCCAGACUUCUUAUCGUGGAAGGCAACAGGUGUCACAGCACGGUCUCUCUGCUCCCUGGUGUGCAAAUGGACAUACUCAGCGGAGAAAGGCUGGGACGACAGUUUUUGGAAGAUGAUUGGUUUGGAAGACUUGGUUGCAGAUAAUUACAGAAAAAUAGGAAACCAGGUGCUGCCUCCUGGAGCUUCUCUUGGAAAUGGGCUUACACCAGAGGCAGCGCAAGACCUUGGCCUUCCUGCUGGGAUUGCAGUGGCAGCCUCACUUAUUGAUGCGCAUGCAGGAGGACUAGGAGUGAUCGGAACAGAUGUGAGGGGGCACGGCCUCGCCUGUGAGGGACAGCCAGUGACGUCACGGUUGGCUGUCAUCUGUGGAACAUCUUCUUGUCACAUGGGGAUUAGCAAAGACCCGAUUUUUGUACCAGGCGUCUGGGGCCCUUAUUUCUCAGCCAUGGUUCCUGGGUUCUGGCUGAAUGAAGGUGGACAGAGUGUCACUGGGAAACUGAUAGACCACAUGGUGCAAGGCCAUGUGGCCUUCCCCGAACUGCAAGCCAAGGCCACUGCCAGAUGCCAGAGUGUAUAUGCAUAUUUGAACAGUCACCUGGAUCUGAUUAAGAAGGCUCAGCCUGUGGGUUUCCUCACUGUUGAUUUACAUGUUUGGCCAGAUUUCCAUGGCAACCGGUCUCCCUUAGCAGAUCUGACACUGAAGGGCAUGCUACUGCUGCCUCUUUGUCCCGUGGAGUGGCUGGAAGUGGUGAGCCCCUGCCUGUGUAAUUUUUAUAUUUAUAUCAGACAUGAAGAGUUAUGUUUUCCAUCCCCAUCCCCAGGCCGCUGGGAAGGGGUCACCGGAUUGAAACUGUCUCAGGACCUCGAUGAUCUUGCCAUUCUCUACCUGGCCACAGUGCAAGCCAUUGCUUUUGGGACUCGCUUCAUUAUAGAGGCCAUGGAAGCUGCAGGGCACUCGAUCAGCACUCUUUUCCUGUGUGGAGGCCUGAGCAAGAAUCCCCUUUUUGUGCAAAUGCAUGCGGACAUUACUGGCAUGCCUGUGGUCCUGUCCCAAGAGGUGGAGUCUGUUCUUGUGGGCGCUGCUAUUCUGGGUGCCUGCGCCUCGGGGGAUUUCACUUCUGUACAGGAGGCAAUGGCAAGAAUGAGCAAAGUGGGGAAAGUUGUGUUUCCCAGACUUGAGGAUAAGAGAUAUUAUGACAAGAAAUAUCAAGUAUUCCUGAAACUGGUUGAACACCAGAAGGAGUAUGCAGCAAUCAUGAAAGGGGACUGAACAGAGCUUGCCAGUGCCAGUGGCAGAAGGUUCUGUGGCACCACACCAGGGACCUCUGUCAUUUCAUCUUGUAUUCAGACCCUUUAGGUAUCAUUUUAUCAUUCUGUAUUGUCUUUUAAUAAAGGAAACCAAGAUAUGUGCAACCAGAACUAGAUGAUUCCACUUCAGAAUCCCUCCAUUAUGUACUUGGCAGUCUCCAUGGGCACCAUCAUGGAGACGGAAGUUUCAUGUGGGGUCAUAGGAUCUCUUGUGGGACCAGACCUCGGGGAUCAUUCAGUUCAAGGGAAAAUUGUGCUUGUUGAUGGAGUCAGUGCCA